AUGACCCUCUAUCGGUAUGGACCAGGUGGAGGCUAUGGUACAGGACCAGGAGUUGGAUAUGGACAAGGCUAUGGAGCUGGAUCAAAAGCCGCUAAAUACGGUUUAGGUGUAGGUGCUGGCGGAGUUCUUGGAGGAGGUGCAGGCCGAGGAGGCUAUGGAACAGUUGGAUCAAAAGCUGCUAAGUACGCUCAACCUGGUGGAGUUGUACCGGGGGCAGGAUCUGGGAAUGGGACCGGCACGGCAGGAUCUGGUACUCCAGGAUCUGGUACUCCAGGAUCUGGUACUCCAGGAUCUGGUACUCCAGGAUCUGGUACUCCAGGAUCUGGUACCCCAGGAUCUGGUACCCCAGGAUCUGGUACUCCAGGAUCUGGUACUCCAGGAUCUGGUACCGCAGGAUCUGGUACCGCAGGAUCUGGUACCCCAGGAUCUGGUACCCCAGGAUCUGGUACCCCAGGAUCUGGUACCCCAGGAUCUGGUACCCCAGGAUCUGGUACUCCAGGAUCUGGGACAACAGGAGCUGGGACAACAGGAGCUGGGACAACAGGACCUGGUACUGCAGGACCUGGCACAGGGACCGGCACUGGUGUUUCAGUAAAUGGCACUGACACAAGUAGUGGUGCAGGGACAGCAACUGGAACCAGUGGAGGAGGACUUGGAGCCACAGGAGGAACACCAGCUCCUGCAUCAGAAGGUGAUGGCGGCGCCGGCAGUGUGAUAGAGGGGUCUGGAAGUUCUGGAGGAGAAGUGGCUGGCAGACCUGUGGGAGCAGGAGGUGAUGGAGACGUCUUGGGUGGAACAGGAAUCCCCAUCAUUGGAGCAAAACCAGGCCUCAAUGGGACAGACGUUCCAGGUUCCACAGGAGCUGCUCCUGUUGGAGGUGAGGCUGUGCAACCAAGUGGUUCUGAUGGGGAUCUUUCAAGUGGGACACUGCCAGGAGCCAAACCUCUCAAACCCCCAGGUGUCCCCAGAGGUGACACGCCCGGUGAAGGAGAUGGAGAGGGAGGUCCUGAUGGAGAGAGAGGAGGUGCAGGAGGAACAGGAGGUGUUUCAGGUGGCUCAACAGGAACUGGAGUUGGACCAGGAGAAGCAGCCGGUGGAGUUGGGGGAACACCCAAACCAUCAAAAGAGGGACCUGAUGGGACUGUAGCAGGAGGUGCAAGUGGUGGACCAGGUGGACCAGGUGGAGCAGGGGGGGUGACAGGAGGUCCUGGAGGAGUUGGAGGAGGUCCAGGCGGAGUUGGAGCAGGUCCUGGAGGAGUUGGAGGCCAAGGUGGUGUUGGAGGAGGUCCUGGAGGAGCAGGCUUGGUACCUGGGGCUGGUGGAGUAGGAACAGGAGCAUUUAAACCUGGAAAAAGCUAUGGUGCUGGUGGAGCUGGAGCUUUACCAGGUGGAGGCUUACGUUACCCGACUGGAUCUGCAGUAGGACAGGGAAAAGCUGGCAAAGUAUAUGGGACUCUCGGCGCGGGGCAGGGUAGGGUCGGUCCUGGCGGUUAUGGAGCUGGUCCUGGAGGCUAUGGUGCAGGACCCGGAGGCUAUGGGGCUGUCCCAGGUGGAUAUGGUGCAGGACCUGGAGGCUAUGGAGGAGGGGGCGUUGGUGGUGGAGGUCCAGGGGGUGCUGGGACCCUCGGAGUUGGAACUGGAGCUGGUGUUGGACCUGGGGGAUAUGGUGUGGGUCCUGUUGUUUCUAGAUACGGCACAGGUCCAGGACAGGGCACCGGCAAACCCUCAAAACGUUACGGGGCAGGAGCUGGUGGUUACGGGCCUGGUGGUUACGGGACUGGACCAGGUGGAGUUGGUCCUGGUGGUUCUGCUGGUUACGGUCCUGGUGGAACUGGACCAGGAGGAUAUGGGCCAAGCACAGCAGGGACCGGACCAGGUGGGGCCGGAACCAGGCCAGGCGGAUUCGGUCCUGGCGGUGUUGGCACAGGAACAGGCAGCUAUGGACCUGGAGGAGCCGGAGUAGUUCAUGGCGUUUAUACUGCUGGAGGUCAAGGACUAAGGAAAAGAAAGCCUGCCAAAUCAGGCUAUGGAUCAUCCUCUCUGGGUGGAACAGGCUAUGGACAAGGUGCAGGAGUUGGACCUGGCAGAUAUGGGCCUGGGGGAGUAGGACCAGGAGGCGCUGGUACAGGAACUGGAGGCUACGGACCAGGAGGCGCUGGCACAGGACCUGGAGGUUUCGGACCAGGAGGCGCUGGCACAGGACCUGGAGGCUACGGCCCAGGAGGCGCUGGCACAGGACCUGGAGGUUUCGGACCAGGAGGCGCUGGCACAGGACCUGGAGGUUACGGACCAGGAGGUGCUGGUACAGGACCUGGAGGUUUUGGACCAGGAGGCGCUGGCACAGGAACGGGAGGUUUCGGACCAGGAGGCGCUGGCACAGGAACGGGAGGUUUCGGACCAGGAGGCGCUGGCACAGGAACGGGAGGUUUCGGACCAGGAGGCGCUGGCACAGGAACGGGAGGUUUCGGACCAGGAGGUGCUGGUACAGGACCUGGAGGUUUCGGACCAGGAGGCGCUGGCACAGGAACGGGAGGUUACGGACCAGGAGGUGCUGGUACAGGACCUGGAGGUUUCGGACCAGGAGGCGCUGGCACAGGACCUGGAGGCUACGGACCAGGAGGCGCUGGCACAGGACCUGGAGGUUUCGGACCAGGAGGUGCUGGCACAGGACCUGGAGGCUACGGACCAGGAGGCCCACGUUACGGAAAAAGAAAACCUUCUAAAUCUGGUUAUGGGUAUGGCGCAGGACGAUUAGGAGGCGGUAUAGGUGCUGGUCCUGGAGGAGCUGGACCUGCAAGCUAUGGCCCAGGAGGAUAUGGACCAGCUGGAACAGGGACAGGCAAUUUGGGUUAUGGGCCUGGAGGUGCUGGAACUGGGGGCGUUGGCCCAGGAGGUGCUGGAACUGGGGGCGUCGGCCCAGGAGGUGCUGGAACUGGGGGCGUCGGCCCAGGAGGUGCUGGAACUGGGCCUGGGGGUUUUAGACCUGGAGGAGCGGGUGGAAUUGGACCUGGUGGCCAAGCACUUGGGAACAGGAAGCCUCCUAAAUCAGGUUACGGCUCGUCGUUGGGAGGAAGCCGCUAUGGACCAGGUAGUGCAGCAGGAGGAGCAGGAGGUCCUGCGGGAACAGGUCAGGGUGUAGGAGGAGGUGCAGGCAGCUUACCAGCAGGGGGCGCUGGCCCUGGCUUUGGUGGGGUGGCUGGUGGAAACUAUCCAGGAUAUGCGGGUGCCGGACAAAAAUCCAAGGCACAGAUGGUAGCCAAAUAUGCAGCCAUGCAGGCAUUACUGGGAGCUAGGGGCUACAGAGGCGCCGGCUGCCAGGGUAAAUACUGUGGCCGAAGGAGGAAGUGAGAGACCGGCAGACAGGAAGUUACCUCAUUAAACCAACAGUGGUGCUAUUGCAUGAUCUAGAUCGUAAAUGUCUUAUCUACCAUAGGAGCUAAAGCUUCAACACAUUCCACAUGAUACACUUUUCAUUUGCUUAGAUUUGAUACAAUUUAAAAAAAGAGUGAUGGUUCUCAACCUGUUAGGGUUGGGAUUCUUCAAAACAAGGUGAUGGUUUCAUGCUGUUGUGAAAUCUGUUCUUUUCAUGUUGUUUUAAUGUUCACCUUUUCAAAACUAGGUUAGGUUAGGGGAUACAUUCGUUAUAAUGGCAACUUAUUUUCUCCAUAAUUCACCUUGAGGCUGGGGAUCCCAACUAGCAGGUUGAGAACAUCUCAAAUAAGUACCACAUGUCUUCUGAAGCUGUACUAAAAUACAACUGUGUUUUUUUGUAUUGUUGUUGAACACCAUUUGUGUUCCUGUGUGAGUAUCCCCAUGAAUCCUGAUACCAAGGACACCCUCAGGGCAGCUCCUUCAGACCCGUCUGCAUGCUGACAAAAAGUUUUAAAAAACAAAAAAAUGCUUACCCAGUUAGACUGGACUUUGUUCAAGUCAGCAGAUGUAAUGCUUAAAUUAAUUCACUGUUUCUAGCUUUUACAUCAAAGUGCAAACACUUGUGAAGUCUAUAAAGAGAAAUAAACAGAUUGUUGCUAUUUUGGGAAAAGUGUGAACAAAAUGGACUCAAGUGGAUUUUUUUUCUAGUGCGAUGCGAGUCUGUUUUCAUUUUGACGACAGUGGAGGCUGAAGGUCCUCAGAUGUAAACACUUCUUCCACUCUGUGCACACCUUUAUAAGCACCGUUUUAUAGCUACAUAACACUAAUAGGUUUUGGUGUAAACAUACAUAAAUAUUUGUCAUUGUUAUAAGGAUGUAUGUGAGGUAAUAUGAUUGGAAUACGUGAUAUGGCAUUUAAAUGGCAUCUGAAGAGCAUUAAUUACUGUGUUUUUCUUUUUUUAAUGUACCUCCUUUAACACUGUUGUUCACGUUUGCUAGUCUUUUUUAAAUUAUGCUGACAAAGAGCAGGAAAUUCUAUUUAGUCUCAUUUUAAGAAUUCAAGCGCAUUAAUACAGUAUUAAAUAUUUGAGUUAUUUUGUGUGUGUUUCCAAAGUUUUAAAACGUGUGUAUUGCUAGAAUUAUUACAAGUGCUUUGUUUACUACAUUGUGAUUGUAAUGUCAUUUGGAUAGAAAGUGUAAUUGAUUGUCAUGUUGCAUUUGAGCUUACAUUUGUGUCUUUAUAUCUAGCUCAACAUGUGUUUUUAACAUCUGCAUUCUUUAUGUGGCCUAUGAAGAAAAUGUUGCACUUUUGUACACUUCAGACAAUCUCUGAAAUAAAAAA